CCACUGUUUCCAGUCGUCAAGUCUUGAAUAUUAUCCAAAUAUUUAUUUAGGUAUUGAUAUAUUAUUUAUUUUUUUUUAUAGUUUUGUGUAUAUCUUAAUUCUUAGUUCGUGUACCAACGUCCAUCUUAAACCGUGUGUACCACAGACUGAAUAGUAUUGUAGACUGUAGUUUUCUUCGUGCGACGUGAACCACCUACUAAAGGGUCGAUGAUCAUGGCUCCGACUAUUCAAAACAAUACUCAAUCUCAAGAAAAAAGGCCAGUAAGACCCAUAGAAAAAAGGUCCGAUUUAGUAUGUAAAAUGAAGUAUUGCAAUAUGCUUCCAGACAUACCUUUUGAUUUAAAAUUCCUCUCAUAUCCAUUUGAUGCAACAAGAUAUAUACAGUAUAACCCAACGUCUUUAGAGAGAUCAUAUAAGUUUGAAAUACUCGCAGAUCAUGAUUUAGGACUCAACAUUGAUUUGGUUAAUAAAGACAAGUAUUCAAUAGACUAUAAUUUACAAAUGGAUAUUGCUGAUGAAAAACUUUUGGAAGAAGAUAUCUUAGCUCCACAAGAUUCUAAAAGGUCUAGACAUCAUGCCAGAAGUGUAUCAUGGUUACGUCGUACGGAAUACAUUUCUACAGAACAAACUAGGUUUCAGCCACAAACAAUUGAAAAAGUUGAGGCUAAAGUUGGGUUCAGUAUCAAAAAGAACUUUAAGGAGGAAACUCUUUACAUGGAUAGAGAUAGUCAGAUGAAAGCAAUUGAAAAGACUUUUGAAGACAAUAAAAAACCAGUUGAAAAACAUUACAGCAAGCCAAAUGUCCAUGCUGUUGAGACAUUAAAUGUUUUUCCAGAUUUCAAGAAUUGGAGAUUUCCAUGUGCUCAAGUUAUCUUUGAUUCUGAUCCAGCUCCAAUGGGUCGGCCUGUUCCAGCUCAAAUAGAAGAAAUGUCUCAAGCUAUGAUUAGAGGUGUAAUGGAUGAAAGUGGUGAACAGUUUGUAGCUUACUUUUUACCAUCUGAAGAAACGAUUAUUAAACGCCGUGAAGAUGCCGCUGAAAAUCGUCCAUAUGAUGAUGAUUAUGAAUACGAAUAUAAAAUGGCCAGAGAAUACAACUGGAAUGUUAAGAGCAAGAGUAGUAAAGGAUACGAAGAAAAUUAUUUUCUUAUUGUUCAACCAGAUGGAGUAUUUUAUAACGAAUUGGAAACAAGAGUUCGUUUAAGUAAGAGACGACAAAAAAUUGGUACACAAAGUAGUAGUACUAAUACCAGAUUAAUUGUACGUCAUGUUCCCAUCAAUGAACAAGAAUUCAGUGUUCACAAAUUUAGAGAAAAACAGUUACAACCAUAUGAUGAAGAAGAAGAAGCUAAAGCUGAAGAAGCAGCUAAAAAAGCAAUGCAAGCUGCAAAAGAAAGUGCUAAGGAAAUAUCAACAAAAAAUAAAACAGAUAGUGAUGAUGAUGAUGAUGAUAAUGAGUCUAGAAAAGKUGAUUCUAAAAAGAACAAUUUAGCUUCAGAUAGUGAUGUUUCUGAUGACAAUGAAGAACAUGUAGCUACAACUAACACUAAACGUGCUAGCAGUGAGACAGUUGAUAGUGACAAAGAAAAAAAUAAUAAACGUCAACGAGCUGCUAGUGAAGUAAAUUCUGAUAGUGACGCUAGUGUUAAGAAAUCCAACAGUCAUAACCAUAAAGUUAGUUCUGGAAGUGAUGAAAGUGAUAAAUCUGAUGAAGAAAAUAAUACCAAGGGCAAAGAAUCAUCUCAAAGUGGUGACAGCGAAGAGGAGCGUAUAGUAAAACGUGUGUCUAGUGAAGCUAGAUCAGACAGUGAUAAUAGUGAUGUUGAAAUGAGAAGUAAGAAAAGCUCAGAACGCGGGGCCAGCGAAGUUAAUUCAGACUCUUCAAUCACUGACAAUAGUGAUCAAGAAAGUAACAGAGGUUCUGAUAGUGAUGAAUGAGAAUAAUUAUUAACUUUUAAGACUUAUUAGCAUUUAAAUAAAACUAAAAUUGUAAAUAAUUUUAUUAAUUCCAGAUUUUAUAUUAUAAAAUUAUUGAACAUGUAAUAUUCAUGUUGUUUCUUAAGCUGUAUUUUAC